UUUACCCAAUCUCCACUUCUUUACUCAGAGCACACCAUGUUCAUUCAAGAGUGUUUUCUUCUUCUGCUUUUCACCCUGUUUCAAGCAACAGCUUGCUCAGGCAGUCUUAUUGUAGGAGGCCAUGAGGUCAAAAAACCCAAACCAUGGAUGGUGUCAGUCCAGGUUGAGAACAUGCACAUUUGUGGAGGAACUCUUAUUCAAAAGCAGUGGGUUCUGACGGCUGCACACUGCAAACUUGCUUCCAAAUCUAAACCAAUGACAGUGCUUGUAGGUGCUCACUCUCUGACCAAGAACAAAAAAGCAGUACGAGUCAAAGUUGAGAGCGCUUAUAUCCCCGAAACGUUCAGUGUUGAAAAAAAGAUUGAUGACAUCAUGCUCCUGAAGCUCCAAAACAAUGUCCAUUUGCAGAAAAACAAAAUUCAAGUGAAGACAAUUCCCAAAUCGGGCAGAAAAAUCCAGACAGGGACAAAAUGUGAAGUGAUGGGUUGGGGAACUAUUCAGACAGAUGACCUUAAACCAUGUGACACCUUGCAAGAGUUGGAGGUGACGGUUGUGGACAGAGAGUUGUGCAACUGCUUCUACAACGGCAAACCUAACAUCACUGAAGAUAUGCUGUGUGCAAAAAACAAGCAAGGGAACAAAGAUGCAUGCUGGGGAGAUUCAGGUGGACCUUUGCAGUGUAAGAAAGAUAUUGUGGGUGUGGUGUCUGGAGGAAAUGGCUGUGGCAAUCCCAAGAAACCUGGCGUCUACACUCUUCUCUCCAAGAGGCACGUUCUCUGGAUCAACAACAAACUUAAAAAGCAUUUCAACAGCACAGAUGUUUAAAAACAUGAUGUUCAUCCAUGCUUGCAAUAGAUGAAGUUGUAUACAGUAGUCAAUUGGUGUAUACACCACGUAAUAUUCACUUGACCUUUACUUACUGUUUGAUUUUCUUUUAUCUUUUACUUCACACAUACUGCAAAAAUCACAAAUGUACAUUUGUGUGGUCUUGAAAGCUGCGUUUGUGUUUUUUUCUUUCGGUUUUAGUUGUUUUUCUCAGCAACUUUGUGUGUUGUUCUUUUUUUUUUUCAUUAGAUAACAUUGUGUCUGUGGAGUCCACAUCAGAAAGUUUGCUUGAGAGAAACCCCACAGUGGGUGAUUUGCAAAAGCACAAUUGUUAGUCAUUAUAAGCAAAAAAAUAAAUAAAAAGCAAGUUUUAGACUCAUCUUUUAUGAAACGUUUGGGUUUCUUUGAUAAUUCAGAUCAGUAAUUGCUUUUAUUAAUGAUCUCUCUUCUAUGUAAUUGUUCCACUAGAUUUAGGGAGGUUUGUGCUCAUUCAGCCAACAGGGAUUUAGAAAAGUCAGGUACCGAUGUCAAUUUUCCGAUUCAUCCCAAAGGUGUUCAGCAGGCUUGAGGUCAGAGCUCUACUCAAGAUCUUUCACUCCAUGUAAACCAUAUAACUUCAUGGAGCUCACUUUGUGAACAGGAGCAUUGUCUUGCUGAAACCGGGUUUGAGUCUCCUAGUUUCAAAUGAAGGAAAAAAUUGAAUGCUUUUCAAUAGUGUGCCUCUAAUUUUUGUUUUAACAGUUUGGAGAUGAACUACAUGGCUGGAAAGGUUGGUGUCCCAAUACAAAACCUACUCUAUCAUGUAGAUACUGUAAAUAAAAAAGACACUGUGUGGGGUGUUAUUAUAAGAAAACCUCUAAGAGUUUUAUUCUUUUUAAUAUACAUCAAUUUGACAACAAAUUGCAUUUAAAUUGAUUUUUACAUGUAUUGUUAAAUGUGUGUGAAACUAGCUUAUCAUUCUCUUAGCAGCCUUAUAUUUUCCUCUCUAAUAAAGUCAAUAAAAUGCAUGAAAAAAAAAUUCCAGAAUACUUUACCUUUUAAUAUUACAAAGCGCUGGAGAUGCUCAAGAAAAAUUUUAACUUGCGGAAAGGGUUUGUGAAAAAUCAUGUGUAAUUGUAAAAAUAAAAGUUUGUUCUUACUGAAAAUUUCAUCAAAAUAAUUAUUAUGCAUGUUGUCAUACAAGUUAUGGUGCAUGAGCAGUUACUAUAGAAACAAUAAAUAAAUAAAUAUUUGA